UGGGCUACGUCAUAGUAUAACGUAACGAGCUAAUCCCAUUCGAAGAAGAAGAAAAUAUCUCGAUGGAGGAUUCACCCAGGCGCGACUUUGCUAUCGGUGACACGAUCAUAAAUGUGGACCACGCAGGCCUCAGUAAGUACCCCAAGGAUGACGGCCGACGCAUUCGAGACUUCCAGGACGUCAUGGUCUCCGUGCUUCGCCUUUGCGUCGCAUUCUGUCCUGGCUGUGGACUACCCAGACGUUGUCGUUGGAUCGUGAGGACCUGCAAAAAAAUACCCUUGUGCAUCGAGGUCGCCACGCUCUGCUGGGCGUACUACACGUACAUCUACAUCAUGUGUUACCACCUCUUAGCCGAUCGGUUUCUCAGCAAGUGGGGCAGCAUCAUCGGUUACCACGGGACCCUGAUGAUCUGCCUGUGGCCUUUCAAACAAAUGCUGGUCACCCCUUUAAAGCCCGUCCCGGUGUCAUUCUACGUGAUGCAACGUCCCGGCGGAGCGCAAGGCUCGCGGAGUUACUGCCACCACUGCCACUUAAUAAAGCCCGAAAGGUGUCACCACUGUUCCAUCUGCGGCAUAUGCGUGCUGAAGAUGGACCACCACUGCCCCUGGUUUAAUACCUGCGUGUCCUUCACCAACUACAAGUUCUUCGUCUUGUUUCUGUUCUACUCCGGCGUCCACUGCGCUUACAUGACAGCGACGACGUUCCACAACUUCGGCGUCGACGUUCGGCGAGAGAUCGGCUUCUGGCCAGACAUCAACAUUACCUUUCUGUUCUUGUUGUCUAUCUUCUUCGGCUUAGCCUUUUGGAUGCUGUUGUUUUUCCACGCGUACCUGAUAUGUCGGAACCGAACCACCCUGGAGCUCAUGUCUUCGGAGGCGAACCGGUACAACCUCGGGAUCUGCAAUAACAUGGCCGAGGUCUUUGGAAGGGAGAAGAGACUAUGGCUCAUCCCCGUCUACACGACCUUAGGUGAUGGAGCAUCCUUCCCAGUGUUCCGAGAAAACAUUCACAAAAGGGGUUCUCUCGUGUGACACCGUUUCGUUCCUUUGGGACACUUGCCCUGCUGCUGUAGGGGCACCCAAGAAAAUGGGUGUGUCUUGUACUGCUUUUAAUAUUGUUCGCCUACCUUUUCUCUGUGUGUGUGUGUGUUUUUGUUGUUGCGUAACCGCUAUAUAUAGAGCUUCCUUCGUUA